AAGAGAUUGAAAAAAAAGCCCGGGUUCAAGUCCGAGCCUUCGUUUCAGCGACUACCAAAUGCCGUUUUACCCUUGCAUCCUAGUACCCUGGUCAGCAUAUCCGGCUGCUUAUGAACUAGCCAACUAGUCUGCCACGAUCCUCAUCCCUCACUGGUCCCUUGUACCUUACGGGGCUAGAACGUGGCCCUCUUAGCUCCCCCCGUCUAUAUUCCUCUAUGCUGCUAGUAUUUUCUCAUUCACAUCGUUUCUGAUAUACAUUCGCUACAACCCAGGUCGGUUGAUAUUUCCCUCGUAUGAAACACUUCCUUCCUUCACUUGUUGAUCUGUCUGUACCAUCGAUACUGUCUGUUCAUCAUGUCGGAGCCCAUCAACGAAAAGAAGGAAUCGGUGCCUCCGAGCAACGACAGCAACGGAGUCAUGUCCAACAAUGUCCUGUCCGAGAAGGAGGACGGCACCAUCGCCAGCCCGCAGGGCCCAGUAGCUGAAAAUGUUGUCGUUCGCAACGGCAUCAGACUACAUCCUCAACCCACGACAGAUCCGCUCGACCCUCUCAACUGGAGUCGAAUGCAGAAGAACACGAUCCUGGGAAUCACCAUGUUCAAGUAUUUCCUCUUCACAUACCUGACCACCACCACGGUGGCUUCGUUUCCGGAUCUGCAAGAAGAACUCGACAUCACAUAUUCCCAAGUCAACUGGACAGUCGCCAUCCCGGCUCUGGGGUUGGCGGUUGGCCCGCUGAUCUGGUCACCACUGGCUGACAUUUACGGACGCCGGCUGAUCUACCUAACCGGGUCGAUCAUGGCAUUCGCCGCGACGAUUGGAGCUGCCGAAGCACAUAGUUACGGCAGCUACAUGGCCAGCCGCUUCUUCCAAGGUCUCGGCGUGGCGCCAGCAUCGACGGUCGGUCUGGCCACCAUCGGCGACAUGUUCUAUGAGCACGAGAGGGGUCAGAAGAUCGGUCUGUGGGUGCUGGCCAUCGACACAGGCUUGCUGGUAGGCCCCAUCUUCGGAGGAUUCCUCAAUAUCGUCUCCACCGCGUGGGUGCAGUGGUUUCUAGCAAUUCUCUUCGCUGUUCUGUUGAUCCUCGAGGCUCUCUUCAUGCCUGAGACGCUGUAUCCGCGGAACCACAUGCUUAAGCAGCUGCCCAUGGCAACCACAUCCGACGAGACAGGCGUCGACAUUGAGAAAGUUGGCCGCCGCCGCAGCGAUGCCAGCGCCGUGUCGCUGCGUCGCACGAAGAAACUUGGAUAUUUGAACCUCAAGCCCGUGCCCGGCAUGCGCCACCCCAAGGUGUGGGACGCGUCGAUCCGGUUUCUAUUCACGUUCAAGUUCCUGGCAGUGUCUAUUGCAGUACUGACCUACUGCUACACUUGGUACUGGUGGAUCCUCAGCGUCAUCACCAUGCUGCCAGCAGCCUACCCGGACUACAGCCCACAGAUCCAGGGUCUUUUGUUCAUCGGCCUGCUUUUGGGAACUCUCUUUGCCGAAUUCUUUCUCGGCGGCACCUUGAGUGAUUGGUUGGUCACUCGAAUGGCGACCAAAAACGGCGGUGUUCGCAUGCCUGAAAUGCGUCUGUGGCUCAUCUACCCUGCAGGUCUACUCAGCGCCUUGGGUCUCAUCAUCUGGGGCAUCAGCGUCGACCGCAUGUACCACUGGAUGGUUGGCCAGGUCGCUUUCUUCCUCUUUGCCGCUGGAAUUCAGAUGGGUAACACUAUCGUCGCUACCUAUAUUGUCGAUUGCUAUCCACUGCAGAGUAUGAGCAUGGUCACUUUCUAUGCCGUCUUGUUGAACUUGUCGGCUUUUAUCGAUCCGUUCUUCAUCGCUCCCUGGCAAGAACAAAGUGGCUGGACAUGGUGUUUCGCCGGCCAAGGCAUCAUUGUCUUCUUUGGCGCCAUGCCCAUUUACGCUCUGCUGCACAAGUACGGCCCCGUCCUGCGUGCAAAGAUUGGCACGCCCAGCUGGGUCAAUCCAGAGUUUGAUACAUUAUCUUGAUAUGUUUAGAGUUUCGCGUCGUCAUCUAGAUGUACGGCUACCUCGAAGCUGCAGUAUGUGCAGUGGCAGCAAGAUUGGCCAUGAGAAGAGAUUUUGGUGGGAUUUUGGUGGGAUUUGAUGCCCUUUUUGUCAAUCGCAAUUGGGUUUUGUAGAGUAAUAUACCAUGUCGGUCUAGUCCUUGACCAGGCGAGCGUAAUUCAUGUGUCUGUGGUCUGUUAUGAACAGGCUGGUCUUUCCCUU